AAAUAACCCUUAAUAUCAUGAGAUACAUAUUUCAUUUAAGGAUUAAUUUAAUAUAAAUUAAUACAAUUCAAACUAUACUAAAUAUUAUCAAAAAAGUACUCAAUACUCCAUACCGUAGACCAUGGUACAUUAGAUAUGAUACAGAUAAAAAAAUAUAUAUAGAAAAAUGGAAAAUGGUAAAUGACGGGUAUCCAGUGGAGUAAGGGUGCAGCAUGUAUCCUGCAUACGCGAAGAUCCAGCAUCCGCCUAGUUGUAAGGUAUGGGAUUCGGGAUUUGGGUGCUGAGUGGGCCCCGUCGAUUUUUAUGUUUCCCUGUCCGUGCCCCUAUAAAAAACUAUCACCACGCGCACUGCAAGGUCGAUGAAUCUCACUCUCAUUUCAUCACAGUAAAAAUAAAAAUAAAUUAUAAAA